CUCAGUUCAUUAGUCAGCCAUUUUGGUCGCCACCCUGCUCACUGCGCACAGCCAAUCCCGGCAGCACUGCCGGGCUUCGCAGGGAGACGGGCACCAGCACUUGGAUUUCGGCAAACCUGGAGAUCUGCCUCCCGUUCGUCCUUUGUUUUUGCUGGGGUCAUCACCAGAGGAACCCAUUCUUUUUGCUUCGGCUGCUUUCCCCCCCUUCUUUUCGUAUUUUGGACCUGUUUUUCCCUCCUGCCUUGGAUGCCGGAGCCAGGUUUUCUGUGGAUGCUGAGGAUCGAUAGCCUCUAGCAUAGCUGGAGACGGCAGUCGGUGGAAAGGAGGGAGGCAGAGCAGAGCGGGAAGGAGCAGCGUUUUUACCUUGCUUGAUCCAUGAAAAGGCCAGAGCAGCCUCUGUGAUCCUGAGCAAUCUGUCCUUUAAUCGCAAGGUAUUUCUGAUUUCCUUCUUCAGAAAGCUUUUAUUUUUAGUUCUUAUUUUUCCCCCGUUGUUGUUGUACCAGCUGAGUCAUCAUGUCUGCUCUGACGCCUCAAAGCGACAUGCCAACCCCCACCACAGACAAGAUCACUCAGGCUGCCAUGGAGACCAUCUAUCUUUGCAAAUUCCGAGUGUCGAUGGAUGGAGAAUGGCUCUGCUUGCGGGAGCUGGAUGACAUCUCGCUGACACCCGACCCAGAGCCUACCCACGAAGACCCCAAUUACCUCAUGGCUAACGAACGCAUGAACCUGAUGAACAUGGCCAAACUGAGCAUCAAGGGGUUGAUCGAGUCGGCGCUGAAUCUGGGCAGGACACUGGACUCGGACUAUGCCCCUCUGCAGCAGUUCUUUGUGGUGAUGGAGCACUGCCUGAAACACGGCCUCAAAGCCAAAAAGACUUUUCUUGGGCAAAAUAAGUCCUUUUGGGGACCUCUAGAACUAGUAGAAAAACUCGUCCCUGAGGCUGCAGAGAUUACAGCAAGUGUUAAGGAUCUCCCAGGGCUGAAGACACCUGUAGGCAGAGGAAGAGCUUGGCUUCGCCUGGCUCUGAUGCAGAAGAAACUUUCAGAAUACAUGAAGGCCUUGAUUAACAGAAAGGAUCUUCUCAGUGAAUUUUACGAGCCCAACGCGCUGAUGAUGGAAGAGGAAGGUGCCAUCAUCGCCGGCCUCCUCGUGGGCUUGAACGUCAUCGAUGCCAACUUCUGCAUGAAGGGAGAAGACCUGGACUCCCAGGUUGGAGUGAUUGAUUUCUCCAUGUAUUUGAAAGAUGGGAACAGCACAAAAGGCAGUGAAGGAGAUGGUCAGAUAACUGCUAUUUUGGACCAGAAGAACUAUGUGGAAGAACUCAAUAGACAUUUAAGUGCUACAGUAAACAACCUACAAGCCAAGGUGGAUGCCUUGGAAAAAUCCAACACUAAGCUGACUGAGGAGCUUGCAGUUGCCAACAACAGGAUCAUUACACUGCAGGAAGAGAUGGAACGGGUUAAGGAAGAAAGUUCUUACAUCCUGGAGUCCAGUCGGAAGGUCACCAAGGACAGAACUGCUGACGGGCAGGCACUGACUGAGGCUCGGAAACAGCUGAAGGAGGAGACACAGCUGCGGCUGGACGUGGAGAAGGAGCUGGAGGCGCAGAUUGGGAUGCGGCAGGAGAUGGAGCUGGCCAUGAAGAUGCUGGAGAAGGAUGUUUGUGAGAAGCAGGAUGCGCUGGUGGCACUCAGACAGCAGCUGGACGAUCUCAGGGCCCUAAAGCAUGAACUGUCCUUCAAGCUGCAGAGUUCAGACAUGGGAGUGAAACAGAAGAGUGAAUUAAACAGCCGCUUGGAAGAGAAAACAAAUCAGAUGGCUGCCACCAUCAAACAGCUGGAACAAAGUGAAAAGGAUUUGGUGAAACAGGCAAAAACCUUAAAUAGUGCAGCAAACAAACUGAUCCAGAAGCAUCAUUAGACAUUUUUAUGUCUGGCCACCUCACAGCUCUGACAUCAGAACUCAUUCAUGAGGGGAGAACUUGAGAAUUGCUAAAAGCAACUGUUAAAAUGUUAAGUGUCACCUAAAGUUGAUUUGGAAUUUGCUGAGUUUUUAAAAUCAGUGAGUUUUUCUGCCGAGAUUUAGAGUCAGGUAUAAAAAUCCCAAACUUUGCCAUUUAACCCAUGUUCAAGUACCAAAUGAGUUGGCCAAUAAACACCCCAGGAAGGCACCGGGAGUGGGAGAUCCGUGGCUCUGCCCACCUGCUGGUGCACACCCCGUACAGCAGCAGGAGCCCUCGGCGUGUGCGCGGCUCAGCCGGGAUCACGUUGGCCAGCUCGGGAGAGUCAGCUCGUUUUCUGUGUUGCCCUUUUUUGUGAAGUAGAUGAGAAAAUGCAUCCCUGGAAGUUGUUGACAGUAGUUGUGUGUGUGCCCCAAGCUGUUUCCUGUUCAAUUCUGUUCUGUGGGUUCAGCCCCGAGUCCGAGACGAGCGGGCAGGACGCGAUGGCCCGUCACGGCGAGGACCGGCCCUCCCGUAACCAGCUUGCCUGGAUUCUGCCUUAGGGACGUGGUGGGAGGGUGGGGACUUUAUCCUUCUUCCUUUAAACUUCAUGUGUCCAGAAUUAGUAGCUAUAGGUGUCUUAGAGUAACACAAUAGAGUGGUAAGUUCAGUGGAAACCUCCUUCUCUUUGCAUUGCUUCUACCUCUGCCAGGAAUCCCUCCAGACACGCCCUGCGGUCCUUCCCAAGCUAAGGAAGCUGAGGAGAGGUGUUUUGGGAGGUGUCUCCCCUUCUUAGAAAGGGAAGUUACGUGUUUUACAAAAAAUAAUCUGACCUUUCUUUAAAAGAAACAAACCCACACAAAUAAAGAGGAAAGGAACCCAAUGCGCAGCGAUGGGGAAUGGAGAUGGUAAUUUGGUCCUUGCCCUUUCCUUGUUCGAGUAGUUGGUAGUUGAAAGGGAAGAGUGGCCUUUUACACUUGUUUCAUUUCCUUCUGAGUUUGCCUUGCUCAAUACAAAUGGAAUUUGCUAAAGGAGGAACAGCUAAAGCUUGGAAUCAGCUCGCAAUAAGAGAAAUAAUUGCCAAUUUAACACCCCGGUGCAAAACCUGAAGUAACUGUAGCUUGGACUAUUAUAAACUAAUAUACUCUGAUCACACAAGUCCCCGUGCUGGCCUCUUGUGGGCCUUAGGUUAUAAGCACUCGUAGAGAUAUUCUUUCAUUUGGAAGAUCAGAUUUGGGGGUUUUCAGUGUUGAAUAAGGGGUUUUUUUUCUCUGGUGAGACGCCUGUAGUAAUUCUUUGAUGCCAGUUCUCCCUUUGUCCUGUGGGAUGGCACUUCUUGGGGCAGUGGGUGGCAAACAUGACUGAAACAAGUGGGGAGGGAACACUUUGGUCCUUGCUGGUGUGGUCAAAAAUCCAUGGGGCUCAGCCUGGUCCCCCUGGAUGUGAGCGUGGGCCACCACGUGGCUUAUUCCGUGGGCUCUCAGCACAGGCACUGGCACAGCCCUGUUGGAAACCUCCCUGCCAUGCCCGAGCUGCAUGCUUGAACCUAUAAACUCACCCUUCAGUAACCUGCUACUACAAACUCCUAACUGCCUGGAGAAAAAAGAAUCCUAAGGAAAAGGUGGAAGCUUUGAUCAAGGUAUCCAAAGAGCCCAUUAGUACAGGGAGCCCCCCUGUCCCUUCCCACAGUUCUGCUGUAGGAACAGGGGGUUGGGGCUGGUGGGGUUGGUGUCAGUAACACUGAAACCAGACAGAAUUAAGGAUCUGGCUGUUUCUGAUGUCAGGCCCAGAGUGGGAAUGUGUUGCUGUACCGAUGCCUGGCGCUUGAGCCGAGUGUCAAUCCGUGGGAGACCAGGAACCUGCACUAAUUCUCAAUAGAGUAGCUAUAACCUAUGUUGCAAGUUCCAGUUACCUGUGCAAAGCUGAAAUGUAACGUACAUUAAAAUCCAAUUGGACUUUAAAUUCUGUGUACUUGAGGUUUGCUUUGGAUCUGGAUAAAAGUGAUGUUUUCUGUUUCUCAUCUAAUGGCUGUAAACUGUAGUGAUAAAAUAAAAACUAUGGAAAAUGAGA